UUUGCGACCCUGAAUGGAGCGAAGUUAGCGUACAAUCGCGCGAUGCGAUAACCAGAUAACGAUGGUUAACUCAACUUAUAUGCAUACUCAGCAUAUUAUGCGGGCAACGAGAGGAAGAGGGAAAUGUUGCAGGCGUCUUUACAAACAGCUACAUUCAGUGGGUUAGAAAGGAAAUUAUAUAGAUGAAGAACAACGGACUUUUGCGAAGACAUCAUUUUUGGAAAGUGUGACCGGCUUAAAGCGCGCAAUUGUUACUCUUUUAGACUUUUGUUACUCACCGCAUAAGCGGCAUUUUCGAUUCUAGCCGUAUCGGCUCUGUGUUAGAGUCGGGGCCAUUUUUACAAACAGACACAAAAGGAAAUUAUCCAUGAACGUUACAUGUGAUUGGCCGGUUAUCCACGUGGAUUGUUGUAUAAACAUUUUCAGAAAUGGCAAGUAAAACGAAAAUUAUUAAUCUGACUAGGAUGUCCAGAAUAUUUCAAGGAACGAGCGGAUCGUUCGAUAGCGGAAACAAGACAGAUAUUACAUCUAAAAGUCAUAAGUUAAUGAUUAGUUAUGGAAUUAUUAAACCACUUAGUAUUGGCAUGUAUGCUCUAUUGCCAUUAGGACUACGAGUUUUAAAUAAAUUAAUUGAUAUUGUUGACAAAGAAAUGACAAAUAUCGGCGCACAAAAAAUACUACUUCCAGCGUUAACUCCUGCUGCGCUGUGGAAGAAAACUGAUAGAUAUAAUUCCAACAAUACCGAACUGUUUACAGUUACGGAUAGACACAAGAAAGAGUAUAUAUUGAGUCCAACACAUGAAGAAGCAGUCUGUGAUUUAAUAUCGUCAGCAGGACAAACUGUCCAGAUUUCCAAUAAAUUAUUACCUUUGAAGUUAUAUCAAAUUUCUAGCAAAUGGCGAGAUGAAAUGAAACCACGGCUUGGUUUCCUACGUAGCCGAGAAUUUAUCAUGAAGGACUUGUAUACGUUUGAUACUAGCUUAGACAAUGCACGACAUACGUAUGAUUUAGUCUGCGAGUCUUAUAAUAAUAUUUUUAGGCAGAUUGGUAUAAAGUAUACAAAAAGCAUAGGUGAUGUGGGAACAAUUGGAGGUCUGUUAUCACAUGAAUAUCAUUAUAUGUCUGAUAUUGGUGAAGAUACGAUACUUCAGUGUCCAUCGUGCCUUUUCUCUAUUAAUCAAAGUAUUUCUAAGACGACGAGUUGUCCAGAAUGUAAAAAUGAACUGCAUUUAUAUACUGCUGCUGAGGUAGGGCAUACAUUUUUAUUAGACACAAAGUAUUCACAGCCAUUAGAAGCAAUGUUUAUGGAGCAGAAUAAACCGACACCUAUGGUAAUGGGCUGUUUCGGUCUAGGAUUAAGUCGUAUCAUUACAUUAGUUGUCGAAAUCUUGUCAAUAAAUGAUGAGAUGAGAUGGCCUGUAAAGUUAGCACCAUAUACAGUAUGCAUCAUACCACCAAAGGCUGGAAGCAAAGAAGAAAGUACAUCUGCCUAUAUUGAACAGCUAUUUGAGAUAUUCUACAAACGCAAUAUUGAUACAAUAUUAGAUGAUCGCUUGCAUUACACGAUUGGUAAACGAUUAGUGUUUGCGCGUCGAUCAGGUUAUCCUUACAUAAUUGUCAUUGGCAAAGCGGCAACCCAAUCGAUUCCUUUAUUUGAAAUUCAUGAUGUGAAUAAUUCAACUUAUCAUGAAUUAUCCUUAGAUCAAAUGAAUGAUUAUUUCGAUAAUAUAAAUGUUAAAAAUUAGAGAUAUGAAC